CAUUUUACCCGUCCCUGAAACUGCUCGCAACUUAUCGAACUCGAAAUUAUUGCGGCACUUGUCUUUCUCUGUAUUGGCGAGGAUAACUUUCUCCAGAACAGCAUCAGUGCAAAUCGAGAAAUGGCGGUUGUACUGCAGAAGGAUCACUUGCCAGUGCUCAUGAAAGAACUGGAGACCUACCUUCCACAAACGCUGGCGAUCUACUACGUGGCCAGAAAUAUUGUAAAUGAUUCCAAACUCGCGUGGCCUGGCGUUCAGUUUGUAGUCGAUCAGUUUCCGGGUCAUACAGCUUGCGUUGUUAAGCCUGCACCUGACGAUCCCGAAUAUGUUCCACGGCAUUCACAUAGACUUCACACAGUAUGUGCUAAAAAUGCCGAUGCUCUAAGCAACUUCCUGACAACACCCGGUGUGAUUGACUGGAUGAAGCCUCUGUUUUUUGGAACUUUAUGGCUUCCUUACGCAAAAGUCGUUACUGAUAUUUGUCGAAAAAAAGGGAGAUGUAUUGGACCGGAAGAAAGGCAGGAUUUUAAAGCUAUGGGUGUAUGGUUCUCAGCUGAUAAACUCCGUCCAGGACCGCCACCUCCUGAAGGAUUUACGGUUAGGCCUUUAACGCGAGCGGAAGCAAAAAAGGUCAACUCCAUAUGGAAAUUUGGCGGUACAGCGACCACUGAAGAAUACGUUCUGUACUUGCACGACAACGGAUUCCCGACAAUGGGGAUUUUCGAUCAGGACAAUCAGAUGGUGGGCUACGAACUCUGCAAUGCGGAGAUGACGCUGAUAGCCGCGUAUGUUGCUCCGGAACACAGAAAUCGCAAAUUCUUCCAGAUCAUUUCGUAUGAAUGGUGCCGCGAAAUGUUCAAAAUGGGCAUUGAACGUCCUUAUGCGUUUAUCGCCGAAGAGAAUAUUCCCUCACACUCGGCCAUGUUCCGCUUGGGAGGUGAACGUGCAGACUGGAAUAUAUGCUGGGUAUUAUGUAUUCCGCACGAUUACAAUGAGCCCGGUGAUGAAUUUCUCCAGUGGGUGGCGCAGUUAGGGGAUGUUAUUUGGAAACAACAAUAAAGCGUCAACUGAGACGAAAUCACAUUGCGUAUCAGAAUUGUAUGCGUCUAUGAUGAUUUUACUAGAAUUAUUGCAACUGUUGCCGAAAUCUGUUGCAUUUUGAGUGCUGAAUUUUGCGUACGCCUGCACUGUAUAACUAAGUAAUAUAUUUCCAUCGCAUAAAACAUAAUAAAAAAAUAUGUUGGAAUUUAUGCAUAUAUUGACAUAUGUUUAUAAAUAUGCUGGAAUUUGUUCGCAUGAUAUUACAUCCACGGCUUUCCUGUUUGAAGCUGUUUGUGCAAAAUCAGUUUUCAAUGUACUGUACUAAUCGAUUUCCGACCAGCGCAAACCUGAUCUUGUUUUUCUCGCAAUCGUAAUAAAAUGAGU